AUGCAGUCCGUGCAGUCCUGUACAAUCCAGCUUCUCAGCAGGUCGCGAUCAUUCACAUUGUCAAGGGAAACUACUACAAGCUCCCCGGCGGUGGAAAUCGAGGUGGAUGAAGUUCAUUGCGCGGCAAUCAAGAGAGAGGUCUUGGAGGAGACUGGUUGCAAAGUUUCUGUGGAUAAUACCGCAUUCUUUGCUCAGAGCGAGGAAUGGCGGAAUGACCUGCAUCAGAUAUCCCUUUGUUAUUCUGCUAGACUGGUUGAGGAUACGGGUCGGCCAGAACUGACCGAUGUCGAGUCUUCCGAAGGCCUCUCGCACUCUUGGGUCCCAGUCGAUCGCGCCAUCAGCACCAUUAGGAACGUUCAGCCAACUUCCGAGCUUGGCAACUUCAUCCAAGAAAGGGAUCUAUUCUUCAUCAAGACUUUUGUAUCUGCCCAAGGUGGAAAAUAA